AUGACUAUUGCAUUCCUUUCCAGGUCAGAAGUUAUACAAAAUUUAACAUAUGAAUCAGUAUAUGAUAAUCGAAUUUCCCCACAUUUUGAUCUAGAGAUUCCAACAGAGGUCAGAGUUCACAUAUACAUUUAUAGUAUUGACUCAAUAUCAGAAUCUACAAUGGAUUACACAAUGACAUUUAUUCUUACUCAAAUUUGGAAUGAUCCACGCUUAAACUACACAAAAUAUUUAAAGGACAAAUUUUUGGAACUGAAUACAAAAUUCAUUGAUAAAGUGUGGGUGCCAGACUUGUACUUUGCCAAUGAGAAGCAAGCUUCAUUUCAUCAUGUUACAAUGCCCAACAAAAUGAUGCAUCUUUACCGCAAUGGCACCAUCAAAUACAGAAUAAGGUUAACAAUGACUGCUGCUUGCCCAAUGAAUCUUCAAAACUUCCCAUUAGAUACACAAAUAUGUUCUAUUGUCAUUAAAAGCUUUGUAUAUACACCAGAUAAUGUGAUAUUCAAAUGGAUGGAAAAUGACCCAGUGUCACAUUUCCAAAAUAUGGAGAUGGCCCAGUUUGAAAUUUCAGCUAUUCAACCCUGGAAUUGUUCCAUUAAAUAUGAAGAAAACUCAUUUACAUGUAUUGUUGCAAAUAUUCAUCUCCAGCGCCGUGUUGAGUUUUUUCUCCUUCAGGUGUUUAUUCCCAGCACCAUGAUUGUUUUCAUCUCUUGGGUCUCUUUCUGGCUUCCAAUCAAUGCUGUUCCAGCUCGUAUAGCUCUUGGUAGUACCACAGUUCUUAUUAUGAUCACACAACGACAAUCUACAGCCAUUUCCCUGCCUCCUGUUUCUUACAUAAAAGCUAUUGAUGUCUGGACUGUCACAUGCUUGGUUUUUGUGUUUGCUGCUCUUCUUGAAUAUGCUAUUGUCAGUACUUAUUCACGUCAUGAAACUAAACGACUCUCCAUUAAAUUAAUACAGAAUAACAAAACAAUAAAACAGACCAUCAAUGUCAAUAGGGAUGUAUGUGAAGAGAAUGGCAAUGUUGGCACAGAAACACCUGAUACAACCUAUGCACAGAUGAGAUCCAAGGCUAAACGCAUGGAUGUUAUAUCACGAGUCACAUUUCCAGUCAUUUUCUUCUUGUUCAGUCUUGGUUACUGGGCAUGGUAUCUUCGAAAAGCUUUUGGAUCCAAAGAAAAUGAAAUAUAG